AUGUCCGUCCGCUCACUCCUGAUUGGCCGCCAACCGGGGCCCACUUUUGGGGUGGGCGGAACCGAAAGCGCCAAAGGAAGAAUGUUCUCCUACUUUGACGCUUCCUCCACUGAUGAACCCUUCACCCUGGAGGAUAUCUAUGGUCUCGAAGUCGUCCCGGUGGCGAACGGCACCAAGAGGACCAGCAACGUGGCCGCAAGUCACAUCUCUGAGGACGUGCGUAGCUUCCUGACCGGCCGCUUGUCCACAUUAAUCAUCCCAUCUUUCUACACCUUGGUGUGCCUCUUCGCCCUGCCUGUCAACGCCUGCGCCGUCCUGGCCUUCUCGCGGCGCAUUCGGCCCAAGAAACCCGCCGCCAUUUACAUGCUCAACCUGGCGUGCGCUGACCUGCUCUUCGCCUCGCUUCUGCCAUUGAAGGCGGCAUACCACUUCGCCGGGAACAACUGGGUGUUCGGAGAGAACGUGUGCCGCGUGGUUACUGCCGCUUUCUACUGGAAUAUGUACUGCUCAGUCCUCCUAGUGGCGUGCAUCAGCGUGGACCGCCUCCUGGCAGUAGUGUAUCCCAUUGACUCGCUGGCGUGGAGAACGCCACGCAACGCCGUCCUAGCUUGCGUGGCCAUGUGGGUCCUGUCCCUGGCGGGCUCAGUGCCUCUGGUGGUCUCGGAGCAGACGUUCUACCUGAAGGAGCUAAACAUCACCACCUGCCAUGACGUCCGGCCGGUGGGUGAGGUGGUCGGGCUCUUCGGGCCGUACUUUGUUGCCUUGUGUGUUGCCCUCUUCAUCGUCCCGCUGAUAGUCACUGUCACGUCGUACAUCCGCGUCAUCUGGUCCCUGAGCCGGGCCCCUCGCGGUAUUCCCGGACGCUCCCGUCGGAAAACCAGAGCUCUGGUGAUGGCGCUAACCGUUCUGGUGAUGUUUUUCUUGUGCUUCGCGCCCACAAACUGCCUCCUCCUGGUGCAUUACGCGCAGCUCCACAGCGGGGUGAAGCAGGUCAGUGAUGCCCCUGAGAGCUCAUACGUGGCAUACCUGUUCUUCCUGUGUUUUGGCACUCUUAACUGCCUGCUGGAUCCGUUGCUCUACUGCUUCGGGUCAUCCCAAUGUCAGCGAGAGCUUGCCGGAGCACUUAAGUGUCAGAAGAUAGGUGAGAGCUUCAGCACCAGCUCAUCAGACUCGUACAGAUCCAGCACCAGGACCAUUUUGAAGAGUAGCCACACAGAGCGUUCUGUUCAAAACGUCUCACAUGCCAAGAAGGAUUCUUUGCAGAGAAGCCAGAGCGGCCAGUAUAAGAAACUUCUAGUCUGA